AUGGGUUCUCUCCUUUACAAAUCAGUUGCUAAAACUGGUGUUGAAAAACUUACGCCUAAAACAAAUAACUUUUGGGCACUAGAAGCUAUUGACAUUGAUGGAAAUCUACGUAAAAUGUCAGAGUUUUAAAAUAGAAAAGCAAUAAUUGUUGUUAAUGUUGCAUGUAAAUGAGGUUUAACAUCUGACCACUACACUUAGUUAGUGGAAAUGUAUAAGAAAUACAAAUCGAGAGGUUUGGAAAUUCUUGCAUUCCCUUCCAAUUAAUUUAUGGGAUAGGAGCCUUGGGAUCCACCUUAAAUUAAAGAGUUUGUGGUAACUAAAUUUGGCGUAGAUUUUGUUCUCUUUGGUAAAGUAAAUGUUAACGGAGAAGAUUGCCAUGAAAUCUACAAAUACUUGAGAAAUAACAGUCCUCUUCACGAUCCAAAAACUGGAAAUUCUAAAUAAAUUCCAUGGAAUUUCGCUAAGUUUUUGAUUUAAAGUGAUGGUACAGUUCAUAGUUUUUACGGACCUAAAACUGAACCAAAAGAAAUUGAACCUGUAUUAGAAAAACUACUUUGA